UACCGAGACUUGGAAACCGGUUUGCGAAUUGUUCGUUAGCGAGGCAUUUUUGAAUCGUUCAACUAAAAAUAAAUCGAAUCGGCAACUAAUGAAAUAUCCAACAACGCAAGGCACAAAAUCGUUGGCGUCCAUACGCCACGGAAUGGGGGGUACUCCUGGAGAGCAUGUAGUUGACGCAUGGAAGGAGAUCCAUGUGAAAAAACCGUCUGGAACUUUCGUUAAUGAAUUAGCUGCAAAAGAUUAUGAGGAACUGAUCAAGGAGCUUGAUAGGAAGCGACUUGAACGACAAUCCCAGAGCGAUACUGGGACUGAAUCUGAAUCUGAUACUGGUUAUCAGUUUGACGUAAUGGAAACAGUUCUAGGCCAAAGAUCUGACUAUCAAAGAGGCGUGGGUAAAAGGCUCAAGGGCAAAGGAAAGAAACCAAUCCCUCAAACUCAAUCAACGGUGCCUCCCCAACCAACUACUGAAAUGAUGAGCACCAUGGCAGAUAUAUUCUCAGCUAUGCGUGCCACUUGGGGGUCAAUCGCAGUCGCCUGGUGGUUCGUCUUCUCAGAGUCAUGCCGCUCCUCCGGAACUGAACAACAACCUCCUACGCAACCACAAUUUCGGCCUUCCUCGCAACAACAAUUCCAAAAUUUGUCACAAGCAAAGAAUUUGAAAAUUUUUUGCAAGAAGAACCCCAAUCUUUUCCUCAAGAAUUUCCUCAAAGAAGAAUAA